UGACGACAUUACCAUGUCUCGGAGUCACAGCAAAUGUCCAAAACUGGUUUUCUGUUGUUCGCCGAGCUGAAGUUCUAUUUCGUAUAAAAAGUCGGCGAUGCCUGGUGGUUGCAUCACAAGUCAUUCGACAAGGGUGCCGGACAGUCACAUAUAAUUCAACAUGAAGAGCAUCUUAAUCGUUUGCGUCCUCGCCCUGGCGGCUGCUGCCUACGCGCGCCCCGAGACCUACACUGACAAGUUUGACAACGUGAACCUCGACGAGAUUCUGGAGAACCGCCGUCUGCUCAUCCCGUACGUCAAGUGCGUGCUCGAGCAGGGCAAGUGCACUCCUGAUGGCAAGGAACUUAAACUACACAUCCGUGAAGCCCUAGAGAACAACUGCGCCAAGUGUACGGAAACCCAACGCCGCGGCACCAGGCGUGUGCUGGCGCAUCUGAUCAACAACGAAGUGGACUACUGGAACCAGCUGUGCGCCAAGUACGACCCCGACCGCAAGUACGUCACCAAGUACGAGAGUGAACUCAGGUCCGUCAAGGCUAUAAAAAUGAAGGCCGUAGUUCUAGUUUGUUUAUUAGCGGUAGUGGUGUCAGCGAGACCCGGAGACAAAUACACGGACAGAUUCGAUAACGUGAACCUGGACGAGAUUUUGUCCAACCGCCGCUUGUUGGUGCCGUACGUCAAAUGUCUGUUGGGUCAGGCCCCCUGCACUCCCCCUGGAAAGGAGCUGAAAUCUCACAUCAGAGAAGCUCUAGAAAAUGGCUGCGCCAAAUGCACAGAGACACAGCGCAACUCCACCCGUCGCGUCAUCGGACACCUCAUCAACAAGGAAGGCCAAUACUGGAACCAGCUGGUCGCCAAGUACGACCCUAAGCGCGCGUACGUGGCCAAGUACGAGUCCGAACUUAGGACCGUUAUAGCUUAAAACUGGGACUUGAUGGUAAACAAAAGACUGAUCAGUUUAAUGCGUUAAUAAAUGUGAUGAAAGAUGUAA